GAACAUCUGGACCACGAAUCCCACAAAGAAGAAAGGAUCAAUACAUCAGUGUUUCAGCAAAAUCAAACAAGUACCUUAGAUAUGGAUAUGAGUGUGAACAAAGAUAAGCUGUCAGUGAAGAUUUCUGAAGCGAUGAAAACACUGCUUGGCAGACUUCAUCUUCAAGGCAAACAGCAACAGAAAUUUUCACCAGCAGAUUUUCUCAAAGUAGGUCCACCUGUGAAACAGGAGCAGGACACAUCUGAGAAAGAUGUAGCACAUACUUUUCUUCAGAGGUUGAUGAUGUUAGACCACAGAGCCAGAUAUAUUCCUGUAAGACAAGACAGUCUCGAGGUUAGCCACUCAAACCCUGUUGAAGACAGUGCCAGUGAUGACACAGAUGACGAUGACUCUGCUCUUUACACCACCAAUGUAGACUUUGAUCAAUCAAAACUCAAGACUCACAUUCAUCCAAUGGAUGUUCAAAUGGCAGUAUAUCACUGCUCAGACAGCUUUUUUAAGCAGAACAUGGUUACAAAGCUAUCACAAUGUCAGUACGCCUUACCUUUGCUUGUUCCUGACCCAGUAACAAUGGAUAUUGUCUGUCCUCUGUGGACAUUCAGACAAAUAAGAAAAACAUGGAACAUAACUGAAAUGAAAGAUGAUUCAAACAUUGUCACCAUGAAGAAUAUGCCCAUCUGCAAAGCUGAGACACCCAUGGUGUCAUUUAUCCGCCUGGGUUCACCAUCUCCGUCUAAAUCUCAGCUGGUAAACACUUUGAUCAACGAUCGCCACGAAACCUUCUUCCACAAAAACUCCAAAGGUAGUACCAAGACUCGCCAUCUGAUGGAUGGUGUGGCAGAGAUUGCCUGGUACUUCCCUGCUGGAAACCCCAGUGAUGCCUUCACUGAAUGCAUUGCCUUCUGUAAUCUUCAUGGUGAUGCUCUGUCAAUUGUAAAUCAGCGUGACAUUCUGACUGACAAAUCUUCAGUCAAUGUUGUACUUGUACCAACUCUUGAACAAGGUGACAAAAACAGUGCAGUUAUCUCAGCCCUUUACAAGUCUCCAAAGCCUGUCAUUGUUCUCAUUGCUGAGAACGAUGGUGGUGCUGUCCAGGUGAAAAAGGGAAAGUACAAAAUGGGUUUAAAGGACAGAAGCCAGUCAGAUGUCUCUGAAGAACUGAAAAAAAUCAUUGUAAAUAUUUUGUCUGGACCACAUGAAUCCUUCCAACUGGAAUCCAUGGCUGAAGUUCAUGGAAUCAAAGUGGAUGAAAACGACAAAGUUUGCCAAAAAGGCAAAUCUGCUGCAAUGGAAAUUGUGGACCUGCUUCAAGGGUUGGAUGUUUCAAAGAUCAAAGAUACAUAUCUCCCUUGUCAAGGAAAACUGUGGCAUGAAUGGUGCAAAGUCAACAAAGAACUGUAUCAUCUCAAAGGAAACAUUGAGUAUGAGAAAUGUAAAAAGCAACAGAAACUGAUGGAAAUACGACAAAAUCAAUUGACUCUUUCCUGUAGUAACCCAAUUAAGUUGUUCAUUGAAAGCCUUUCAUCUUUGUCAGCAACAGACAGAGAGUAUUUCUUGAAAUGGACUCAGAUCUUAAUAGAUGCUCUCUCCACAGACGAUCUCUCUUCAAUUCUCCAAGCCUACUUUAAAAAGUGGGCUGAGGUCUUGGACUUGAAGAAGAAGCAUGACAAAUCUGAUCUACACAAAAGAAAGCAAACUGAGCUUGAUGAAAUAUCAGCAAAACUACAAUCAGCUACUUUUGGCUUGGAGCACAUCUUCAGAGAAAUGGGACAGAUCUAUGAAGCGCAUGCAUCUCUGCAGAGACCAACCACAAUGGGACCGACUGACUGGUCUAAAUACCCUGAGCUGGCUGCAGAGCUGAUGAUUUCAGGAAAACCAAUGGAGCUGAUGGAUGGGGAUGCAGGUCAUGUACCUUUAACAUGGAUAUCUGGACUUUUAGAUGAAGUCAUCAAGAAACUGGGUGACAAGAGAGUCUUUGUUUUGUCAGUGUUAGGCGUACAAAGCAGUGGAAAAUCAACAAUGCUGAAUGCCAUGUUUGGGCUACAGUUUGCAGUGAGUGCUGGCAGGUGCACCAAGGGUGCCUUCAUGCAGCUUGUCGAAGUAUCAGACGAGAUCAAGAAAGACUUUCAGUUUGACUACUUGCUAGUGGUGGACACUGAAGGAUUGCGUGCUAAUGAGUUGGAAGGUAACACCACUCUUCAUCACGACAAUGAACUGGCCACAUUUGUUAUUGGUCUGGGACACAUGACAGUGAUCAACAUCUACGGAGAGAAUCCAUCUGAGAUGCAAGAUGCUCUGCAGAUUGUUGUUCAGGCUUUCAUGAGGAUGAAGAAAAUUAAACUUUCUCCAAGUUGUGUGUUUGUUCACCAAAAUGUCACGGAUCUUGCUGCUGCAGAGAAAAACAUGGAUGGAAAAAGACGACUGCAAGACAAACUGGACAAUAUGGCCCAGCUAGCAGCCAAAGAGGAGGUUUGUGAUGCCAAGUGCUUCAGUGACGUAAUUUCAUUUGAUGUGCAGAAAGAUGUGAAAUACUUUGCCCAGCUUUGGGAGGGAAGUCCACCUAUGGCUCCUCCAAAUCCAGGUUAUAGUCAGAGUGUCCAAGAGCUGAAGAAAAUCAUCCUGUCAAAAGCUUCAGAGUGUGAGGGGAUUCCUCUCUCGCAGUUCAAAAUCAAGAUUCAGGACCUGUGGAAUGCCCUGAUGAAUGAACACUUUGUUUUUAGUUUCAAAAACACACUUGAAAUUGCAGUGUACAGAAAACUUGAGGUCCAGUAUGGGAACUGGACCUGGACCCUGAGGAGCAACAUGUUGACCAUUGAGAACGGGCUUUAUACCAAAAUUGAAAAUGGAAAUCUUGACACGGUCGAGCUCAAUCACCUUAAUCAAGAAUCGAACAAAACCUAUGAUGAGAUCAAAAAAGCAGUGACAACAUACUUUGAUGAUGACCGAGACAAAGAAAUGUUGGUUCAGUGGCGAGGCAGAUUUGAAAGCAAAAUCAAAGAAUUUCAUGAUGAACAAGUGACAGGAGUUAAAAGAAAACUUGAUGAAGUCAUCCAGCAGAAAAAAGCUUGUAAAAAGCUUGAUAAUAAGACGACAGAGUUUGAGAGCAAGCUGCUACAAAAGAGCAAAGAGCUCGCUCAUCGGUUAAAGGACAAGGCAAAAGAUGAAGAGGAACUUAAAAAGCAGUUCAUGUCUAUUUGGAGUGGCUUGGUUAGAGAACUAACUGAGAAUACAAAACCUAUUAAGGACAUCAACUAUGAAGAAGAUCAAUCAACUGUCCUCAUGGAGCUUGGUAUUGAAUGGGCUCUCAUAAAUGAAUCCAAAAGCAGUGGCAGAUACAAAAACAUAGCAGAGGUUGGUGAUUACGCUCAAUAUGUGUCUCUGACCAAGCAUCACCAUCUGUGUCACACAGGCCAACAAUUUCAUGAAAAUGAGAUGGAUUGUGACACAAGAGGAGAGAGAAAAAGUUCUACUACUGCUAACAGAUUCUUUGGAUUUCUUUCAGACAAAACUACAAAAGUAAGAAAUUACCUUAAGGGGCAUGUUCAGUGUGAAGAACAGCAGCAAAUCAGAUCCCUCAUUGACAAUGUUGAACAACAGUCCCUUAAUACAAUUAUGAGCAAACCUGUAGCUACAAGAGGCUACAGUCCAACUUACUUGCAAGAAGUUGCCUACGAUGUAAAACGAAAGGUGACAGAAUUUGAAUCAAAGAGGAAAUAUGCUCUAAAGAGGGAGUUCACGAUUGAUCUCUUACUGUAUGUAUUUCACAGAGCAGGGAGAUGGCUUUCAGAGUCCCACAAGAAAUUCAAAGGGAACAAUGAUGCACAGUCCUAUGUAGAAAGUAAGAAAAUGCAAUAUUACAACAUUUUCAGGAGCUUCUGCAAAGGAAACUCAUCUGCUGUUGUGCUUGGAGAACUUAUCUGUGAGAAGCUAAAGAGUUCCACUGUUGAGGCAGUCUGUAACAAGACUGCCAUUGAUCUUGCUGGAGAGAUGAAGUGCAAUUUCCCAGCAUUCAAUGUGAACAGAUUGCACUUUGAGAAACAUCUGUUGAGGUCACUCGCAGAGAAAGAAGACUUUCAUGGCUUUAUCAACUACAUCCGACAACCAAGGAAUCAAGCAGAGACUUACAUAAGAGAAGAAGUACAGAAAUACAUCUUCAGAGAACAAAGAGGGAAAGCACAGGAUAAACUCAGGAAAAAUGUUGAAGACAUCAACGAGCUUGUUAGUCAAGCUUUAUUUACUGCAACAGAGAAAGUCAAAGAGAAGCAGCAGGAAAAAAUGCAGGGGAAAAAAGGAGACCCAGACAUGUGGCUGGAGGAAUUUUGCAGUUUGCUAAAAGAUAAGCUUGCCUUCGACACAGUUUGUUGUCAAAACUUCAGUGACAUAAACAAUUUUGACUUUCUUAAAGAAGAGAUACAGAAAGGUCUUGUGUUAGUCCUACAAGAAGUGAGCGAGCUCUCACUGGAUAAGAUCAAGGAGUUCAGGAUGAAGCCUGAUCAAAUCCUAAUCGAUCAACUGUGUAACUGCUGCUGGGUUACUUGUCCAUUCUGUGCAGCUGUUUGCACCAACACCAUAAGUGAUCACGAAGAGGACCACAGCGUGCCGUUUCAUCGAUCUUUGUCAGUUAAUGGAUGGCACAUAAAAAACACCGUGGAACUGAGUAUUGAGUUCUGCACAACAAGUAUUGCAAGUGACAGAAGUUUUCACCCUACUUAUGAUUCAGAAGUGUGCAUUCCCUUUAAAAAGUACCGAACUGCUGGCCCAAAUUAUGCUAACUGGGCAAUUACCCCCGAUGAGUCUAAGCUGAAAUAUUGGAAAUGGUUUGUGUGUCGAUUCGAGAAGGAACUGGAAGAUCACUAUGGAUUAAAAUUCCAGGACAAUGGUCAAAUUCCGAGCGAGUGGAACACAUACUCUAAGGAAGAAGCUAUUAAAAGUUUGGAUGAAAUGUGAGUGAGCCAAUACAACCACAACCCUGCUGGAAAUCAUGAUACUGGUUUUCACAUGAUUAUACUUUAAUCAGAUUCCUUUAAAACAACAUUCAUUGACGUUUGAUUAUUUAACCGUUGACUGAGGAAGUUGUGUGAGCAAUAUAUGUGGACAGUCAAUGAAUCAUUACAAACUACACGUGAUUAGACUUGUACAUAGAAAUCAGAUUGCUUUAUGCAAACUAACGCUUAAAACAAAAGAAUGCACAAGAACAAUAGUAAAGUUGCGACUUUUGUGAGCCAUGAAAACGUUCUUAAAAUAUUCAUAUUCAUUUCAAGUCAAUGACUCAUCUACAAAGUUGGUCUGUGAGGAUUUCUGUAAAUGUAAAUUGGUUUCAUAAAGAGAAGUAGAGGAAAGAGCUGUGAAAGGGUGAGACAUUUUAGCAAUAACUAAUGGAAUAUUUUUUUGUUAACCUGCAUAAUUGAUUUCUUAAAAUUGCAACUGAAAAUCCUGUAAAAUGAGUAAUGCAUGUUUUUUUUUUUUUUGCAUGGCAGACAUCUUGUUAUGUGAAUUGUUUUGUUAAGAUGCUCA